AUGUUCACCAAUAUCUGCCUAUUGUCGCUUGCGGCUCUGUCCGUACAUGCAUCUGAGCAAUGCGCCACCCAGCGAUCGGACAAUGGCUGUGAGGUUCUCAAGCUUAUGUUCCCUAACAACACUUUCUCCCCCAAGGAUGCUGUUUAUGAGUAUGAGGCGCAGAAUUUCUGGUCUAACAAUGAGAUUCUCAACCCAGCUUGUGUCUUUCGGCCUACUGAGUCGAAACAGGUCGGCGAGGCUGUUAAGUUGAUGGGCACUGGCUUUACUUCUUUUGCUGUGCGUGGUGGUGGACAUAUGGCUAUCGCAGGUGCGAACAACAUCAACGAUGGUCCCCUCUUUGUCAUGUCCAACCUCACAACCCUUGAGUUGACCGAGGACAAGGAAUCUGUUUGGGUCGGACCUGGUCUUGAUUGGGGUCAUGUCUACCGUUAUCUGGGCGAGCAUAAGUUAGCAUGUGCUGGAGGCCGUCUGUCUCCUGUCGGUGUACCUGGUCUUCUACUGGCUGGUGGUGUCAACUUCCACGGAAACCAGCGUGGAUGGGCCGCUGAUAACGUUCUCGAGUAUGAGCUCGUUGAUGCCAAUGGAAAGGUCAUCUCUGUUACUGCAGACUCUAAGCCCGAUCUCUUCUGGGCUCUCAAGGGUGGAUCCAACAACUUUGGUAUCGUGACUAAGUUCAGACUCGCGACUUUCUCCUCCGAUCAGGUCCAUGCUGGUGUUUACAGUGUCGCUGAUAUCCCCGCAUUCCUCAAGGCUGUUGCCAACUUCUCCGCCCUCAACACCGACCCUCUUGCCCACAUCGUCCCUCAAGUCAUCGCCGUUGACGAGGAGACCACAAUCGGUGCAGCAAUCCUCUUCUACGACAGCGACUCAGACGCUGAACCAGAGUGCUUCCGUCCCUUCUUCGACAUUCCCACCAUUUCCAAUACCUUCAAGAAGCAGACUCUCGCUGAAUUCUCGGAUGAGACUGGACAGCUAGUCCUUCCCAAGAUUAACGACCAGUUCAUUGCUGGUACCACCGUCGGUAAGACCUACGAAGAGGUCCUCAAGGGAGUCCAAAUCUCCAACGAUGUUUUCCUCGAGGCUCUGCCUGACCUGUACAAGAUUCUCCCCAAGGAAGAUCGUAAGGCACUCUCCAUCGAUUGGCAACCCAUUGGAUCUCUCUGGGAAACGGCUUCUAAGAAGUACAACCCCGGUGGUAACGCUCUCGGUUUGGAUACCGAGUCGAAGGGCACAUACAUGGCUUGGGCUGAGGUCGUUGAGUGGAGUGGCGAUGAGCACAAUGAUGCCAUCUUCAAGUGGAUCGAGGCUACCACUUAUGCUAUCGGCAACGCUACCCAGAAGGCGGGUGUUUACGAGGCCUUUACUUACAUGGGCGAUGCUGCAGGUUUCCAGGAUAUCUAUGAUGGAUACGGUGAAGAGAACAAGCAGAAGCUACUUGACAUUUCUCGAAAGUAUGAUCCUCUGCGAGUUUUCCAGAAGUACUGGCCCGGUGGCUUCAAGAUUGGAAACUAG